AAAAAUAAAAAAUAAAAAGAAAGAAAAGAGAAUAUGAGGAAAUUCAGAGGCAUUUAUUUCCCGUAAAAUUGUGUAUAUAAGCUCUACACAAGGGCCUCUCUUUCUUUGUUGCUUUGCUUCUUCUUCACGUGAUACGUGAAAAGCUCUUCAGCCAAUUUACCCAAGCACCAAAAUCCAUCGCCAAUAAAUAUUUCUUACGCUUUCCAACUUAUUUAACAUGGCUGACAACGGUUCUUUUGAAGAGUUCUUGACCACUGCAGUCGGUGCUGCUAAGAAAGCUGGCGAGAUAAUCCGUAAAGGGUUUUACCAGACCAAGAAUGUAGAGCAUAAAGGCCAGGUGGAUUUGAUCACAGAGACUGAUAAGGCUUGUGAAGAUCUUGUGUUUGAUUAUCUCAAGCAGCAUUUCCCCUCUCACAAGUUCAUUGGUGAAGAAACUACUGCCGCAUGUGGUACAUCAGAGCUGACUGACGAGCCUACCUGGAUAGUUGAUCCUCUUGAUGGAACAACUAAUUUUGUGCAUGGGUUCCCCUUGGUAUGCGUCUCCAUUGGUCUUACAAUAGGAAAGGUUCCUACAGUUGGUGUUGUUUACAAUCCAAUAAUGGAUGAGCUCUUUACUGGUGUACUUGGAAAAGGUGCUUUUCUCAAUAGAGCCCCUAUAAGAGUGUCAUCUCAAACUGAACUUGUGAAGUCUCUCCUUGCAACAGAGGUUGGAACAAAACGAGAUGAGCUAACUGUGGAUGUUACUACAAAUAGAAUCAAUAGCUUACUUUUCAAGGUGAGAUCACUUCGGAUGAGCGGUUCUUGUGCAUUGAACCUUUGCGGAAUUGCAUGUGGAAGGCUUGACCUGUUUUACGAACUUGGAUAUGGAGGUCCAUGGGAUGUGGCAGCUGGUGUUUUAAUUGUUAAAGAAGCCGGAGGCCUUGUGUAUGAUCCGUUUGGUAAAGAUUUUGACAUUACAGUUCCAAAAGUUGCUGCUUCAAAUCCACUCCUGAAAGAUGCAUUUGUUGAGGCUUUGCAGCAGUCGGAAUGAGGCAACGGUGAUAUUCUAUGAAAGCCACAAAUUGUCUAUACUUGAUAAGAUAUUAGUUUGUUCUCGUUCUCACCAUCUUCUUGUGUUUUGUUAAAGACUCUUUUUGGGAGAUUGUUGAAAACAUUAUUCUUAGAAUUGAAGUGGCACUGAGCGGUGCCAGAUUAUUUUGUACAAUCCAAUUGAGAUUACAACUCGCAAGAUUGGCAAUCUAAAUUUGCUUUUGUUGAAUUGUUUUAGGUAACGUAGUAACAGUAGUUACUUUUUGUUGGGCUUUUUAACAUGCAAUCCCAGAAACUAUUUUUGCAUCUUUUCCGAUAUCUG